AACAUGGCGUCUCCCUGUGAGGUGUCAUGCCGAGCAGAUAUCAGAGUUGAGUUCAACCAAAGUUGACUCUUUCGUUCAUUACAGUUUGUCCGGGCGGGCUGUGCGUCUUAUUUCAUCCGCAGACACGUCGUUGGAUGAGGAACAGCUCAUGUUGGCAUCGGUGGCAGUCAGGAUGGCAGCAUCUUCCAGAGGGAAGGUCAGGUCGCUGGUCUCUCUGAGUAGGACGCUGUCCACCAACAAACCCGGCUCCACGGCUGGAGGUUACCCUCCUCCGCCUGAAGCCCCCGCUUCUCCCCCGAACAGCGAGCCAGCCGCGGCGCCUCAGCGGAGACCCAAAAAAGACCCCAGCGGCUGCUCCGUGCUCCUCUUCCCCGGUCAGGGCAGCCAGUUUGUGGGCAUGGGCAGAGGACUUUUGAAAUACCCCAACGUUAAAGAAAUGUUCACCGUAGCCCAGAAGAUCCUGGGUUACGACCUGCUGUCUCUGUGUCUGGAGGGCCCCGAGGAGGAGCUGCAGAAAACGGUUCACUGUCAGCCGGCGGUGUUUGUCACCUCCCUGGCUGCUGUGGAGAGACUCAACCAAGAGAACCCCAAAGCCAUUGAGAUGUGUGUCGCUGCUGCAGGUUUCAGUGUCGGAGAAUUUGCUGCUCUUGUCUUUUCUGGGGCGAUGAACUUUGCAGAAGCUUUGUAUGCAGUGAAGGUGCGAGCGGAGACUAUGCAGAAGGCCUCAGAGCUGGUUCCCAGUGGGAUGCUGUCAGUCAUUGGUAGACCUCAGGCUCAGUAUAAUUAUGUUUGUCUGCAGGCAAAAGAGCACUGCAAGAGUCUGGGGAUGGAGAAUCCUGUGUGCUCUGUGGCCAACUACCUGUUUCCAGAUGGCAGGGUUAUUGCAGGGCACCAGCAGGCUCUGGAUUUCCUACAGGAAAACUCUCGGCGCCUAAAGUUCAUGCGGACCAAACCUCUCCCAGUCAGUGGGGCGUUCCACACUGAGCUGAUGGCAUCGGCUACAGAACCCCUCAGAGAGGUGCUCCGGCAGGUGGAGGUACGACGUCCUGAGAUCAGUGUCUACUCCAACGUAGAUGGAAAACGUUACAUGAACGAGAGCCACGUGCGCAGGCAGCUGGUUAAGCAGCUGGUGUCACCCGUGAAAUGGGAGCAGACCCUGCACGAGAUCUACGAGAGGACGCAAGGACAGCAUUUCCCACACACCUACGAGGUCGGACCCGGAAGGCAGCUGGGCGCCACGCUUCAGAAGUGCAACAGGAAGGCAUACCAAACGUACGCCCACGUGGAAGUCACCACAUAUGAAGACUGAUAAAGCUCCUGUGGUUGCUUCUUGUCUUUAUACAAG